AUGUUCAUGGAUUGGUUCACUACAAUAGUAAUACCAUGGGCUCAACGUCUGGAAGGACCGAAGCUGGUUAUAGGAGACAAGCUUUCAAGCCAUAUUAACGUAGAUGUGGUAGAACUUUGCGAGCGUCACAAUAUUAGGUUCGUGUUACUACAACCAAAUUCAACGCAUUUAACCCAGCCUCUGGAUGUUGCAUUUUUUGCUCCACUUAAACGAACGUGGAGGAAAAUUCUUAUGAAAUAUAAGAUAGAAAACCCAAAGCAGACGUCUCUCAAUAAAAUCCACUUUCCUAUACUUUUAAAACAAUUAAUUGAAGAAGUGAACUUAAAUAAAGCCGAUAACUUGAUCAGUGGAUUUAGAGCAACGGGCAUAUUUCCAUAUAAUCCACAGAAAGUAUAUUCAAAAAUUCCGGAAUACUGUGAAGAGAUCACUUAUGACGUAGAUAAAUCUUUACUUGACUAUCUAAAAGAGAAUCGGAAUCCAAACCCAAUAAGGCGAAAUACAAAUAAAAAAAUGAAUGUCGCAGCUGGAAAAUCUGUCACAAGCUGGGACAUAAAUAAAAACGUAACCAAGAAAAACACAAAGAGUAAAACUAGUGAAAUAACAAGCGAAAGAAAUUUUAUUGCAAACAGUGGUGAAGAAGUAGUGCAAAACGACAUACCAGAAAAAAAGAGGUCAAAAAUAACUAUUCUCUCAGACAUUAGAAUACCGCCAAAAACAGACAAGAAUAAAAAAACACCAACGAAAAAAAUAAAAGAAGCUAAAGCUGGACCAUCUGGUAUUACGAUAAAAAGAAAUUUACAAAACGCUUGGCCAUCUGUUCUAAAGGCAAUUUUGAAAAAAGAUGUAAAAAGGAAGGGUACAAGAACCAAAAAACUCCACGAUAAUUCUUCGGAUUCAGAGUCUGACUGCUCUGUGCAGUAUGCAGAUUCUUCGGACUACGAUUCAAUUGAAGACAUGCAGGACUACUUAUUGAGACAACUGACAGAAGAUCAGAAAAUGGAGGAAAAGGAAAAAGAUAAACAAAUGACCGAAUUGGAAACGAAAGGGCAUGAAACAGAAAGCUUGAGAACAGAAUAUGACAAGGGGAAAGAAGAAUGGUUAAAACAGGAAAUAGAGGAUCAAAUUAAGGAAUUGGAAAAAAAAGGAUAUGAGAUAAAAAAAUUGAGAAUAGAAAGUGAUAAAAGGCAAGUAAAAGAGAUGGUAAAUUUAUAUGACAUGGAUAAAGUCGAAUGGGAAGUACGGAACAUAGAGGAACAAACGAAGGAAUUGGAAACAAAAGGACAUGAGACGGAAAGCUUGAGAUCAGAAAGCUAUGAAAGGAAGGGACAAGAGAUAAAACAAAAGAUGGUAAAUGAAUAUAAAAUGGAGAGAGACUUAUGGAAAGACCAGGAAACAGUGGAACAAAUAAAAGAUUUAGGAACAAAAGAGCAUAAAACAGAGAAGCAUGAAAGAAAACAACAGAUAAAGAGCCUGAUAAUAGAAAACGAUGAUAAAAAAGGACUGAAGAUAAAACGACGAAGACUAGAAGAGACUAUGUCAGAAAAAGAUACAAUUAAUGAACAAAAUGAGAAGGCAUCUAUAGCCAAAAGUUUAUAUAUUGGACAAUACAUCUUAGUAAAGUUUGAAAGUACCAAAAAUACAAAUAAGUAUUACUGUGGCCUGAUUACGAAAAUAUCCGAGCGUGAAGGUGUUUUCGCGAAAUUCAUGAGAUAUAAAAAUGGCGGGUUUUACUGGCCCACAGUACCCGAUACAAGUAUUGUAUUUGAAAAUGAUAUAGUACAAAUUUUACCAAAUCCCUAUAAAAACCGGCGUGGAAUUUUAUAUUUUGAUGUCAAAUUUAAAUAUAAAUUGGAAUAA